GUUCUCGCGAGAUCUCGUCAUCCGCCAUCGCUGUAGCGAUAGCGAGUGAGAUCGAGAAACUCAAACCUGGGGGGGAAAGAGGGCGAGAAUUGUCCGCGUUUGCCCUCAGCAAACCCAUCCUAAUAUCUGUUGAUGGCAUCGCUCCCUAACCCAAACAUGUCCAAUCUCAAACCCGGCACCAAGAAGGACACCAAGAUGCGGAUCCGCGCAUUUCCCAUGACCAUGGAUGAGAAGUAUGUCAAUAACAUCUGGGAUCUUCUGAAGAACGCCAUUCAGGAGAUCCAGAGGAAGAACAACAGUGGGCUGAGCUUCGAGGAGCUAUACAGGAACGCAUACACCAUGGUGCUUCACAAACAUGGGGAGAAGCUCUACACAGGCCUGAGGGAGGUGGUGACCGAACACCUCAUCAACAAAGUACGAGAAGAUGUACUGCACUCAUUAAACAACAAUUUCCUGCAAACGUUAAACCAAGCAUGGAACGAUCAUCAGACGGCCAUGGUCAUGAUCAGAGAUAUCUUAAUGUAUAUGGACCGUGUAUAUGUUCAGCAGAAUAAUGUGGAGAACGUCUAUAAUCUUGGCUUGAUCAUCUUUAGAGAUCAGGUAGUGCGGUACGGCUGCAUCAGAGAUCACCUUAGACAAACUCUACUGGAUAUGAUCGCACGAGAGCGCAGGGGAGAAGUGGUCGACAGGGGGGCCAUCAGAAACGCCUGUCAGAUGCUGAUGGUGUUGGGCUUAGAAGGUCGUUCAGUCUACGAGGAAGAUUUUGAAAUCCCUUUCUUAAACAUGUCUGCCGAGUUCUUUCAGAUGGAGAGUCAGAAGUUUCUGGCGGAGAACAGCGCCAGCGUCUACAUCAAGAAAGUGGAGGCUCGGAUAAACGAGGAGAUCGAGCGAGUGAUGCACUGCCUUGACAAAACCACCGAGGAGCCUAUUGUGAAGGUGGUGGAGAGAGAGCUCAUCUCCAAACACAUGAAGACCAUCGUAGAGAUGGAGAACUCUGGACUGGUCCAUAUGCUCAAGAAUGGCAAAACAGAAGACCUGGCGUGCAUGUAUAAGCUGUUUGGUCGAGUACCGAACGGACUAAAGACGAUGUGCGAGUGUAUGAGCUGGUAUUUGAGGGAGCAAGGCAAAGCGCUGGUGUCAGAGGAGGGAGAGGGCAAAAAUCCCGUCGACUACAUCCAGGGUUUACUGGACUUGAAGUCGCGUUUCGACCGGUUCCUGCAGGAGUCCUUCAACGACGACAGGCUUUUCAAACAAACUAUUGCCGGAGACUUUGAGUAUUUCCUCAACCUCAACUCCAGGUCACCCGAAUACCUCUCGCUUUUCAUUGACGACAAGCUCAAGAAAGGAGUCAAGGGGCUGACAGAACAGGAGGUGGAGUCUAUCCUGGAUAAAGCUAUGGUGCUGUUCAGAUUCAUGCAGGAGAAAGACGUGUUUGAGCGAUACUACAAACAACAUCUGGCUAGAAGACUUCUCACCAACAAGAGCGUCUCGGAUGACUCUGAGAAAAACAUGAUCUCUAAACUAAAGACGGAGUGUGGUUGUCAGUUCACCUCUAAACUGGAGGGCAUGUUCAGGGACAUGAGCAUCUCUAAUACAACGAUGGAUGAAUUUCGCCAUCACCUGCAAACAUCACAGGUGUCUCUCUGUGGUGUUGACCUCACUGUGAGAGUUCUGACCACAGGUUAUUGGCCCACGCAGUCGGCCACGCCCAAAUGCAACAUCCCACCCUCUCCCCGUCACGCCUUCGAGGUCUUCAGAAGGUUUUAUUUGGCUAAGCACAGCGGCAGACAGCUCACACUCCAGCAUCAUAUGGGCUCCGCAGACCUCAACGCCACCUUCUACGGCGCUAUUAAGAAGGAGGACGGCUCAGAUGUCGGUGUUGGAGGGGCUUUGCUAACGGGGUCAAACACACGGAAGCACAUUCUGCAAGUCUCAACUUUCCAGAUGACCAUUCUCAUGCUUUUUAACAACAGAGACAAAUUUACCUUUGAGGAGAUCCAACAGGAGACGGAUAUCCCUGAGAGAGAGUUGGUCCGGGGGCUGCAGUCUCUCGCGUGCGGGAAGCCCACCCAGCGUGUGCUCACGAAAGAGCCUAAGAGUAAAGAGAUCGAAAGCGGCCACGUGUUUACAGUCAACGACCAGUUUACCUCCAAACUGCACAGAGUCAAAAUACAAACAGUUGCUGCUAAGCAGGGCGAGUCGGAUCCAGAACGCAAGGAGACGCGGCAGAAAGUGGACGACGACAGGAAGCAUGAAAUCGAGGCGGCAAUCGUACGCAUCAUGAAAUCCAGAAAGAAGAUGCAGCACAAUGUUUUGGUGGCAGAGGUGACCCAGCAACUGAGGGCGCGGUUUUUGCCGAGCCCCGUGGUGAUUAAAAAGCGAAUUGAAGGACUUAUAGAAAGAGAAUAUUUGGCUCGAACGCCGGAGGAUCGUAAAGUUUACACUUACGUCGCGUAGUGGAUCUGCACGAACGAGAAAAGCAAAGGAAGGUAAAAGAAAGAUUCUGGACUGCUCUUCGCAUGAACUGGGACGUUCCUUUUUAAAAAGACGGACUCUGGGUAGAGGAUCUCAUUUCAAUGCGCAAACCAAGAUCAUAAAGCAUACGGUGUUGUAGAUGAUUUUUAAUUAGAUCACUUUCAAUCUCAGCUAUGAAUGGAUCCAGCUUCACUGUUUUACCCUGGUAGAGAUCAAAUGAAAAGAAUCCCUUGGGAAAUGUGAAUGCACUGCACAUGUUGUUGUUUUUUUCCAAUACUGUAUAAAAAGCAAAAUUAUUAAAAACCCUAACAAAACAGCCAAAUCAUGGCUACGGAAUAAGACAAAAAAAAUCUAAUAAAAAAAAUGUUGAUAUCGAA